AAAAAAAAAAAAAAACAAAAUAAAAUAAAAUAAAACACUUCCCAUAUUUGGCAAUUUCCCUACUUAUAUAUAGUACAGAAAUCUUUGUCUCUGUUGCUCUCAUACGUCCUAAAUACCUAAACAAAACCAUGCGGCCGCUUCCUCCACCACUGCCGCCGCAUUCCGAGAGUCUGGCCUCAGACAAUGGCAAUAGCAGACUUUCAAAAGUAUUACUAACAUUGUUAGGCCCAGCAUCAAUUCUCCUAAUGUUGGUCUUAUACUUAAUAUACACAUGGAUCAAAAAUCGAACCAAACCGAAUGAAGAAGACAAGGAAGCCGAAGUUGACACGUUCGAUGGAGGAUUUGCGGGCGUUAAGUAUGAUGAAGUUCUGGAAGAAACACUCACCAAGUGCGACGGCAGUGUUCGUUCCUUACGUUUUGAGGAAUUUAAGGUAGGAGAGAGGCGUGGGACUUUUGAUCAAGUGCCGCCAUGAGUGUCAUAAGUUAUGCCUCAAUCGAUGGCUUACUAACAAUUAGAAGAAUCGCUGCCCGACUUGUCGAGCUUUUAUUUGUAUUGAAUCUAUUAGCCGAUUAUGAUUUAAUUUCUUUGGUAAGUAAUGAGAUAAUGACUAUUAUGGCCAUGAUUUAUAAGAGAAAAUAGAUUUUAUUCAGUAUUUUAUUGUUGAGUUGUAUCUUAUUGAUGAGUUAGUAAUAAUGAAAUCAAGAAUCAAUU